GCACAAAACGCCAGGAGCUCAUGGGAGGAUUGUGCUGUCGGUUUGGUGUUCAGACGAAACCACAGGCCGCGGUGAGCGUGGCCUGAGGACACCCACAUUGUGGUUUGGGCCGUGGUGGGCACCGCCAUGGGGGAAUGGGGCUUCCUCGGUGGGCUGUUCGAUACCCUGCAGGCCCAGUCGCCCAUGCUGGGCCGCUUCUGGCUGCUCAUCAUGCUGGUGUUCCGCAUUCUCAUCCUGGGCACAGUGGCGACUGACCUGUUCGAGGACGAGCAGGAGGAGUUCGUCUGCAACACCCUGCAGCCGGGCUGCAAGCAGGUGUGCUAUGACGAAGCCUUCCCCAUCUCCCAGUACCGCUUCUGGGUCUUCCACAUUGUGCUGAUCUCCACACCUGCACUAGUCUAUCUCGUUUAUGCCAUGCACAUCCGCUCCAAGGAUGGGGAGCGCCGGGGGCGGGGGCGGGGCCGCGGCCAGGGCCAGGACCCCGAGCGCCACCUGCGCCGGCUCUACAUCAUCAAUGUGGCCUUCCGGCUGCUGGCGGAGAUAGGCUUCAUCGUGGGCCAGUGGUGGCUGUAUGGGUUCCGGGUGGAGGACCACUUCCCGUGCCGCCGCUUCCCCUGCCCGCACACAGUCGACUGCUUCCCCUCCCGGCCCAUGGAGAAGACCGUCUUCCUCUGCUUCUACUUCUCUGUGGGCGUGCUGUCGGCGGGGGCCAGCGUCGUCGAGCUGGUGCACAUGAUCUACAAGUGGCUCUUCGGGGGCCGCAGGGAGUGGCCAGAGCACAGCUAUAACAGCGAGAACCAGCACAACCUAGCCCGGGAGGAGGAAAAGGCACUGCGGGCCAUGCGAGACCAACUGUCCAAGAGCAGCCAGGACAGCAUCAGGCUCAAAACUGGCUUGGUGCGCAGCAUCAGUAGCAAGAGCUCCAGAGUCGGUCACAAGACAAGCCGAUGCAAAGGUGCCACGCCCCCCAUAGCCGUGUAAACGGGAGAGGUUCACAAAGCGAUUUUUCAGUAUUUCCG